AAUGUUGGACACGAAAAUGUCGGACACAUGAGAAUGUUGGACACGAGAAUGUUGGACUCGAGAAUGUUGGACACGAUAAUGUUGGACUUGAGAAUAUUGGACUCGAGAAUGUUGGACACGAGAAUGUUGGACACGAGAAUGUUGGACACGAGAAUGUUGGACACUCGAGAAUGUUGGACCCGAGAAUGUUGGACUCGAGAAUGUUGGACACGAGAAUGUUGGACACGAGAAUGUCGGACACAUGA